GGAAGUCGGUAAUGGUGACGGAUGAUGUGGACGUGAAAGGAGCAUCAGCGCGUCUUUACUGGAAAAAAAAAAAACUCUGCUGAAGACUGACACCCGGCUAUGAAGCGGGAUUUAUAAGAGCUUUAUCCGAGGUGUUUGAGUUUCUCUGGACAGAGACAUAAUCAAGCCACUGUCCACGAUGAUGGCAGAGUGCGAUCCCACCGACGGCGAGCCGGAGAAAGGCGGCGGAGAUUUGACACCGGAGACAAACUUUCACCAGUCGGAGCUGCCCGCGGUGCUAUUUGAAAAGACCCGGGCCGCACCGUCACUGGGACUGUCGCUGAAUCCCGGGGCAGCGGUCCGGAUCUCGGACUCGACGGAAAGCAUGCUGACGGAGCUGGAAGCGGACGGGUCGGGGGAAGAGGCGCUUUUGUUACCGGGACCGGCCGGAAAUCUUUCACCCCGGGCAGGCAGAGAGAAGAGGACGCGUAGAAACAGACACAGCUCUUCAUCUGAAAAUCUAGCGUCUCCAGGUAAUAGCAGUGGAGAAUUCAACCAUUUCCCAGAAGACCCAGAGUUUGGAGAAAUUAUUCAAAGGGCGGAGCAGGCGAUUGAAAACGGCGUCUUUCCCGAACGUAUCUCGCAAGGAUCCAGCGGAAGCUACUUUGUGAAAGAUCCCAAAGGGAAAAUCAUUGGUGUGUUUAAACCAAAAUCAGAGGAGCCUUAUGGUCACUUAAACCCUAAAUGGACCAAAUAUUUCCAUAAAGUCUGCUGCCCAUGCUGUUUUGGCCGUGGCUGCCUCAUCCCUAACCAAGGCUACCUUUCUGAGGCAGCUGCCUCGCUCGUGGACCAAAAACUGGGUUUGGGGAUUGUACCCAAAACGAAGGUUGUAUCUUUGGCCAGCGAGACAUUUCAUUAUAGUGCGAUUGACCGUGCCAAAUCUCGUGGUAAGAAAUAUGCACUGGAGAAAGUACCCAAAGUCGGUCGGCGGUUUCACAGAGUUGGCCUUCCUCCAAAGGUGGGCUCGUUUCAGUUGUUUGUGGAGGGCUACCAUGAAGCAGACUACUGGCUUAGGAAGUUUGAGGCAGAGCCUCUUCCAGAGAACAUGAGGAAACAGCUUCAGUCUCAGUUUGAGAGGCUGGUGGUGCUGGAUUAUGUCAUCAGAAACACAGACAGGGGGAACGAUAACUGGUUGAUCAAGUAUGAGAAUCUGGGCGAUAGAGAGUUGGCAGACAAGGAAUCUGAAUGGACUGACCCGAAAGACUCCGCAAUAAAAAUUGCAGCCAUAGAUAAUGGAUUGGCCUUCCCUUUUAAACACCCUGAUGAGUGGAGAGCAUAUCCGUUCCACUGGGCGUGGUUGCCACAGGCCAAAGUGCCCUUCUCCCAGGAGACCAGAGACCUUGUGCUCUCACGCAUCUCUGACAUGAACUUUGUACAGGACCUCUGUGAGGACCUUUAUGAGAUGUUCAAGGCGGAUAAAGGAUUUGACAAAACCAUGUUCGAGAAACAGAUGUCCGUCAUGAGAGGACAGAUCCUGAAUCUGACCCAGGCUUUGAAAGACGGGAAGAGCCCCAUCCAACUAGUGCAGAUGCCUCGUGUGGUGGUGGAGAGGAGCCGUGGGGGAGGCCAAGGCCGUGUGGUCCAACUGGGCAACGCUUUUACCCAAACCUUUCACUGCAAGAGACCCUUCUUCACCUCCUGGUAAUAAUAGAGCCACACUGAGAGGAGGAAGACUGGAGUGAUAUAGGACAGUGGUCCUUGGAGUGGAUUCAAGACACACUGGAUGGAGGACUUUUUUGCUAAAGACUUCAGGGGUGAAUGUAGCAAAAGAAAAGGACAUAAAAAGGACCUGAGGCCUUUUUGUUUUUUCCUGAGCCUUUUUCCGAGAAUUCUCCUCUUCAGCUCACUACGGCUGUCGAGCAGCACCAAAUGGGAAUGUCAAAAGGGAAUUAUUUGUUAAAACGUUUUGUCUGGUGACAGCCCUGCUCAACUGCCAAUUAUUUUAUACAGUACAGUAUACGUUUAUAAGUACAGUGUAUAUAUACAAAUAAUAUAAGUGAAGAAUGAUGCUUAUAAUGAAUUGAAACUUGAAAAAUGCUUGAAUGUAAGUUGCAAGUUUACAUUUUACACUUCUCCUGAGGACAUUUCAUCAUCACGGAAUACUGGUGACAGUGGUAUUUAAUAUGAGGAAUGUAUUGGCUGACCAUGUAAAUGGAUGCUGGUAACAGUAUAAACAUUGUUCAAGAUGGAUGCUUUUGUAGCCCCUGUUAAAAGUAUAUAUUCCUAAAUGAUUUUUUUUCUUCUCUUACCUGUGUAUGCAUCUUGGACUUUUUAUUCCAGCUGGAUAGUUGUUAAAGUAUAUUUAAAAUAAAUUGAAUAAAAAAAUAAAGCUUUGUGAUUGGUAAAAAUA